UAUCUACGCUCAUUGGUGAACUCAACGCCAUUGAACCAUCAAUCAUUCUUCACUCCUCUCAGUCAAACCUCUCUAUCUCUCUCUCUUUCUCUCUUUCUCUUCAAAUUCAAUUUGCAAUUCCAAUUUCUUGGUAGUUGGUUCCAUUUUCCCUCGAACCAUCUCAAAUCCAUGAAAUAAUGUAGGGGACUCCAAAGCGAAAAGGAACGUGAAUGCAGUUUUCUGCGAUUUCGAUCCAGAUCCAGAUUCAUGGGGAUUUGCUUUAGCAUUGAAGACAAGAGCAACCUCUCCGUCUCCGAUUCCAACGCUAAGCCAAAGCCUCAAGGAUCAGUAGGUCAUGAAUCUGCCGCUCCAAUUGUUUCCAUAAACAUCAAAGAUCUCCGCGAAGGUGUUGGAUACAGCAAUGUGGAUAGUUUCACGUACGAGGAACUGAGGCUUGCUACGAAGCAUUUUCGUCCCGAUUUCAUCUUGGGAGAAGGAGGCUUCGGAGUUGUAUAUAAAGGCGUCAUAGACCAUGGUGUGAGGUCGGGUUACAAGACCACUGAGGUCGCAAUUAAGGAACUUAAUCGCGAAGGAUUUCAAGGAGACAGGGAAUGGCUCACCGAAGUUAACUAUUUAGGUCAAUUCAGUCACCCUAAUCUGGUGAAGCUCAUUGGAUAUUGCUGUGAGGACGAACACCGGUUAUUGGUCUAUGAAUACAUGGCAAGUGGGAGCUUGGAGAAACAUCUUUUUCGCAGAGUGGGCUCAACAUUGACUUGGUCAAAAAGAAUGAAGAUUGCUUUACAUGCUGCGAGGGGGCUGGCUUUUCUUCAUGGUGCAGAAAGACCUACUAUAUAUCGUGACUUCAAGACUUCAAAUAUCUUGCUAGACGAGGAUUUCAAUGCGAAGCUUUCAGACUUUGGUCUUGCAAAGGAUGGCCCAAUGGGGGACCAAACCCAUGUUUCAACACGAGUAAUGGGCACAUAUGGAUAUGCUGCUCCCGAGUAUGUCAUGACUGGUCAUUUGACAGCUCGAAGUGAUGUAUAUGGUUUUGGGGUGGUACUACUUGAAAUGCUUAUUGGUAGAAGGGCAUUAGACAAGAGCAGGCCUAGCCGAGAGCACAACUUGGUCGAGUGGGCCCGCCCGCUUCUGAAUCAUAAUAAGAAACUUCUGAAAAUUUUAGAACCAAAAUUAGAGGGACAAUAUUCAAGUAAAACUGCAUUAAAGGUAGCCCAUUUAGCAUACCAAUGUCUUAGCCAAAACCCGAAAGGAAGACCUCUAAUGAGCCAGGUUGUUGAAAUUCUCGAUAACUUUCAGUCAAGGGAGGAAAAUGAGGAAGAUCAAAUGCUUCAAACUGGUGCUAGCAGUAGUAUAACCCUUUACGAGGUUCCCAAGGGCAGCAAUGACACUCCAACUUAAGGCAAAACGAAACUAAAAUUGAUGGGGUUUGCACGUGUGAAGCAUGACUGGAAGAAAAAGCUGCACCAGCCUUGUAUGACUCUAAUUCAUCUAGUUUCUUCACCAAAGUUUGUGCUCGCGAAAAGUUGUCUUCUCUUCCAGAAGUUGAAAUUUCACCGAUGUGGAUGGCAAUUAAAAUUUCUACAAAAUGUUGAGCAGGUGGGUCCGGUUGGUGUUUCCAGAUGAGAUGUUUGCUUUGAGCAGAAUUGACGAAGGCAAUUAUGUGGCUUAAGCAUCCUCUGUUGUCUUUAUUCCAAUUUCUAGUGAUCAGGACGCUGUUUAUUGGAAUAUUUUACAGAGUAGUUGUAAAACAUUUUUUAACAUCUGUGCACUCAAAAUGCAUUCCGUUAAAAGCAUAUGUUGUGCGUCAAA